AAUGCCCUAAAAAAAUGCCCUAAUUCUAUGGCCCUAAUUACAGACCUCCCAAUUGCAAGCAACAAUUAUCAUCAGCUCGAUCCAACUGGUUGUACUUGUGGAUUAAGAAAAUGUGCUUCUAUAUUGAGCACCACACUGUAAUCUGCAGCUGACCGCGCCUCCUCUGAAUCUUGCGCGCCACGACAAAGCCGCUGUCCUUCGCCGUCUCCAUGGCGUCCAUCUACCGUCUCGCUCGAACACUCCGGUCGUGCCGUACGAUUGCAUCCGCCAGAAAUUUAAACCCUCGUCCUCCGUCCUCUGCGUCUCGUUUCGCAUCAGUCUUCAAUCGGAGUUUUAAGCACCAUGAAGCGUAUGGAUCCGAAGGUCUGAUACCAGAUAGAGUGCGUCAACUUUCUUUUCACGCAGUAUUAGCUGGAUUCCUUGGAUUUGGGCUGUUAGAUGUAGCCUUCGCUGAUAGUAAUGAGGCAACUGCUAAAUUUCCACCUCCACCUGAAUCCACUGCUACUCCUCCACCAAUGAAGUCUCCUCCUGUCUCAAGUCAUGACCUGGAGGAAAUCGCGAGGAAUGAUAAAGCUCGACUAGAAGAGUUGCUUAAGAAUAAAGGAGUCCGAUUUGGUUCAUAUCCUCGAUUUACAGUUUCUGUUAAGGGACAAAAGGUUGGUGCUUAUUGUCAGGUGACAAUCAAGUUUCUAGUUCCUCCAUCUUGUGAAAUCCCACUAUUAAUUACAAAUCUUGUCUCACGCCUCGGAGUCAAGGCCGAAGACAAUGGUGUUGGAUCAGAUAUGACAUUGCGUGCUUGGGGCAGUGGGGUUGCCUGGCAACUAACACUAAGUCGUCCAAAAGCACCAAAGAGUACCAGUGGAGAUCGAGAUCAAACAAAUGAUAAAACUGAAAAUGAUGAGUUAUGCAUUCUCAUGUUUCGUCCGCUCAUUAGUUCCGAGAAAGCUGAAAUUGAAUUCAUGAAGCCGGGGAGUUUUACUUCGGAGGAGCUUGAUGCUUUGGCAUCCAUAUUAAUGUUAGCAGGACAGCCAAAAGGCUUGGAAUUAAGACCAAAGGGAGAUCCUGCAAAGGUACCAGGAAAGGACAAAACAAUUGCUAGUUUAGAGGGGAUGGGUGUCAAGAUUUAUGGCCUUCAACAAUUAGAUACAGAACAGCCAAACGCUGAUAUCACCUGGGAAAAUAUUGCUGGCUAUGAUGAGCAGAAACGGGAAAUAGAAGAUACCGUGUUACUUGCUCUCAAGAGUCCUGAAGUGUAUGACGAUAUUGCUAGAGGUACUCGGUGUAAGUUCGAGACCAACAGACCACGUGCUGUGCUUUUUGAAGGCCCACCAGGUACAGGAAAAACAUCUUGUGCCCGAGUAAUUGCUAAUCAAACGGGGGUCCCGCUGUUAUAUGUCCCGUUAGAGGUUAUCAUGUCUAAGUACUACGGUGAAAGCGAGCGUUUGUUGGGGAAAGUUUUCUCACUUGCCAAUGAAAUCGCUGAUGGCGCAAUUGUUUUUCUAGAUGAGGUCGAUUCUGUUGCUACAGCUCGUGAUAGUGAAAUGCAUGAAGCCACGCGUAGGCUCUUAUCAGUUUUGUUGCGACAGAUUGAUGGAUUUGAGCAGGAGAAGAAAGUAGUGGUUAUUGCUGCUACCAAUAGAAAGCAGGACCUCGAUCCAGCUUUGCUUAGCCGGUUUGAUUCGAUGAUCACUUUUGACCUACCUGACCAGCAGACUCGUGCAGCAAUAGUGGCUCAGUAUGCAAAGCACCUGAAAAAAUCCGAAAUGGCUGAACUUGCCUCUGUUACUGAAGAAAUGUCGGGUCGUGAUAUAAGGGAUGUAUGCCAGCAAGCAGAAAGACAUUGGGCUUCAAAGAUAAUUCGAGGACAAGCAGAGAAAAACGAAGAACAGAACUCUCUCCCUCCUCUGCGUGAAUACACCGAAAGUGCUUUGAAAAGACGAGCAGCUAUGCUUGGUGCUGCAAAUCAGAUGCGGAACCCUAACCCACUUUCCAGAAAGUCCCAGUUUGAUUUUCUAUGAAGUACUAACGGUACUUAUGGCAGCUAAGAAGUUUUAUUAUAUAAUUUUUAACAUAAAACCUGUACAUAAUAGUUAUUUACAGAACAUCUAUGAAGUUCAGCUGUGAGCACACACCUCUCUUUUCUGANUCUUCUUGGCCAAAAAUUUUCGUUACAUAUAAGUGGAGAUGGAAAAUAAGUCGCUGCAUAAUUUUUGGUGCACCUUCCCUUUAGUUUCUAUCGUCCUCUAGAACUGUAUUGCUCGGUUAUCUUUUCAAAUCAGAAAUGGGUACCUGGUUUUUUAUUCUUCAAGAUAGUGUACUAGAAUUAUAUCAAGC